GCAGGUCUCGGAGAGCAAGACCGGCGUUUCCUUCGUGCCCUUCGGCUGCAUCCCGGCGCCGCGGCCGGUGCCGAGCGGCAAGCUGCGCCUCCGUGUGAGGACGGCCUGCUGCAGUGUCGAGGUGAAGGGCGACAUCUUUGUCGGCAACAGCUGCGUCGCGGCGCCGGCGGUGAAGACGGUGCGGUUUGGGCAGCACACGCUCAGCGCGCCGGCGCUGGGCGCGCGCAACGCGCAGAUCUGCCUGGCCAAAGGCGAUCGCCAUGCAGAGGAUGAAGGUGGGAGAAGAAGAUGUGAGCCCAUUGCUCGGUGAGCUUGCGGUUCCAGGUCGCUUCUUCUUCUUUAUGCAGGACGCGCCGGAAAAGAAUAGCGUAAUGAUGACGUGCAAGCUGAAGGACAUCCCAGAGGAUGCCCGGGACUUCCGCGGCAAGGUCUGCUUCGAGCCCCAGGCAGACGCGCCAGACGCGCCAGAGGCGCCCAGAGAGGUUUACAUCCGGUCUCGCUUUGAGCCGCUGGUGCUGCCGCAGGGCCCGUGCCAGGGCCUUUUGCAGCGAAUGCGUCUGGAAGGCUUCGGACAGAUCCUGCAGUUUCGCAAGCAGUUCCACGAGUGGAUGGAGCUGGAGGGCGAAGAGGACACCUGCAAGGUGUCGCUCCUACUGGGCGGUGUGCCCAUGUGCCUGGGCCACUUUGAGACCAAAGUUGCCGAGCUGGAGACGAGAGGUCGGCCGAAGGAGGCAAAGCUCCGCAAGGGCCUGCGCCAACGCAGCGAAGGCCGCGUUCCUCGGCCCUUCCGCUGCCGGCCCAAAGAGGCCGGCGCCUUCCGUGGCACUUGGCCCUUCUGAAGGAGCGAACCAACUCGCUGGCGGAGCGAACUUGUGCUUCCAGUGGCGCCUAUGCCAAUGCCAAUGUGCCGAAUGUACCCCGGCGGGCGACCAGCAAAGCUCUCUGAGCAUCCGAGGGGUU